AUGAAGCAUUCACUAAAGCCGAAAAAAAUCAAUAUCAUUCAAGAUGUUGUAAUUCAGCCCGCCAUGCCGAAAAUGAGGAAACUGGCCGAUUUAACGGCCGAGGAAUUGGACGAAAUAAAAUCCAUUCGGCAAGAAGCGUCCACUUCUAAGGCCAUAGAAGUAAGGGAAGAGCCUUCAGAGACGCCCUCCCAGCUGUCCAUUGCACUAGACGAGUCAUGCGUUUCUUUAACGCCCUCAUUAUUUGAGGGUUUGGAAACGCAAGGCAAAAAUAUGGGUUUACUUCGCCACGUCUGUGGCGUGACGAAGGAACAAGAAGAAGGGCAGCAGGAGGAGGAGGAGGAGCAGCAAGCGGAGCAGCAACAACAACAGCGAGAUAAAGAAGAGGAGGAGCAGCAAAGGGAACUUCAACACCAGCAGGAAGAGGAGGAACAGGCUUGCCGAACACCGGCAUUGUCACUUCGAACGGAGGAGGACAGCGAAGAUGAGUUCCAGGCACCAUCCACGGCGUCGGAGCUGCUGUCGUCCUUCCGUUGGAAGUCUCGAGCGGCGGAACAAAUUCAAAAGAGACUAUUGGCAGAACGAAAAACGCAACUCGCGGAAGUGAACAAAAAACUUAUCCACUGUGAAAGUAAUGUGAAAGGGGUGAAACAAUUAAUGAACAAAAUAAAUUUAGUGUAG